CAUGUCGAAUGAAGGGGUUAUUAAUAAGGCUGAUGGGGAGCAGAAAACGAGUAGCCAUAGGACGGAAGGGAAAAAUUCGAAUGAUGAUGAUUUUAUGGACAAGUUCAAUCAGGAAAUGUCAUCUAGAAUGGAGGAUAUUGCCGGUAAUUUACGACAGUCUUUCGAGUCUCAACUGGACAAUCUUCAGUCAAAAUUGGCUGAGCGUUCUCAAGGAGAUAUGGGUGUGAGACAGACGACAGUCUUAAAAGUAAAUAAAAUCUUUCGAGAAGUCGGUCAAGAGCUCGAUUCCGAUUGGGAAAAAGUGUUUGAAUAUUUGAUGCAACCAUUCGGACAAAAGGUGUACGAUGAGGCUGUCUUCAGAUUAAGGAGAACAUCGGAGGUGACUAGACCGUAUAAAGCGCUGAUCGAAUGGAAAGAAGCGGCCGGAAAGGAUCAUUUCCAUAUCGUUAACUUAUCGAACGCCUUAAAAUCCUGCCGACCGGAAUUGGCCGUUCUGGUAGAUAACAUUCUAAAUUGCGACGAUAAUGAGGAUUUGUUUAAACUUACCCGCUCGAUAUCGAAAAAGAAAACAAUGGAAGGACGCCGAGAGCCUUCGAAACAAUUGACGAAUCAGAUCGAUAAUCGAAUAGUUUUGAAAUUAUCGAAAUUAAUCGCAGCUGAUUGGAGGAAGGUGGGUGAAUGCCUCGGUUUAGAUAAUGAAUUAUUAGACGACUUAUCGAUUACGUCUUCGUCUCAACCCGAACCACAUCAAAAAGCGUUUCAAAUGUUAACUGAUUGGCGUCUAGAAAACGGUGAGAAAGCGACAAAGGACAAGCUCGUUACGUGCCUAAAGAAGGGUAAUUUUUCUAAGUUGGCUAAGGAGUUAGAUGGAAUAAAAUCGUCAACGAAAAUCGGCCCCGAUGGUGAAAAGAUAAAGAAACUAACAAAAGCCGAAAAAGAAGAGAUCAAAUUACGUUCGGAAGCUGACAAACUACGUAGAUCUGGCGAAGAAUAUCGUAACUUGUUGAGUAGGUUAGAAAAAUGGAUUGAGAAGGAGAAGGAGAGCAUCUUCCAAUGUCUAAGAAAUAUUGAUACUGAAGAAUGUGGAAUGGUUUCCAGUCAGGAAUUUAAAUCAGCAAUGUUUGAUUUAAAUUGCCCAGCGAAUAAGGUGGAAACUCAUCUUUUCGCUAUGUUAUUAGACGAAGAUUGCUCGGGUAAUUUAAAAUAUAAUCAAUUGGAGAACGGUUUGAGUUUUUGUAGAAAUUUGGAAGAGUUUUUUCCCGAGGAUGUUGUUAGGCCUAGUUUAGUUCUAUCUAAAAAGAAAUCGACUAGGUGGGACGGUGACUGGCUUAAAAGAGACUAUGUUCGAUACGCCAGGGUUCAUUUUAAGCAUGCUACAUUCUCAGAAAAACGAGAUCAUCAUACUCAUUUUAUUCAGUUGGUACAUAGUCACGCAACUGUUUCCUACCUGCUUCAACUAGUUAAAGAAAGAAUUGCUUUGGAGAGCAAUAGAUUAGCCCUAUUUACGGACGACUCCCUAACGAUCGAAGCUCAACUUCCUCCAGCAAGUACAUUGGAAGAAUGCGGAAUUUCAGGAGGUAGUUACGAUAAACCUCAGGAUGUUCUUCUAUAUUAUGACUAUGUUGUAGAAUUUACUGGUUGCCCUAUAUUAAAUUCAGAUCAUUAUUUCGCCUAA